AAAAAGGCUAUGAACAAGCUCUUGGAUGAUACGGAGAAGAGAGAGGCGGCCACCGCCGCUGCCGAAGCAGCUCUCGCGGCCAAGGAAGAAGAGGUGAAGGCCAUGAAGGCGUCAGUGGCCAGGGAUCGGGAGAAGCUCGCGCGGGACAUCGCGAGAUCGGACGCGCUUCAACAGCAGCGUGAACGGCGAGAGCAGGAUCGUGUCAGCAAGGUUGCUGAAGCGGCGACUUCCAAGCUUCCCCCUCUUGCGCUGAAGUUUGUCGGACUCCGUGCAAUCGCUGAGGCCCAAGACUGGCGAGCUCACCACCCUGCAGCAGUCGCGGAUGAUUUCAUGCUGUACUUCGACCUGGUGAAAGGAGGCAGCUCUGAGAACCACGCAAAGGAGCAGGAGUUGUACGAGAACACCGGGAAGGGGCGAGGCAAGGCCACACCAGCGUCGACGACGGGCAACGUGUCAUCACCAAGGAGCAAGAGGAUGGACUGCACAAGUUCAUCAAGGNACAGUAUUCUUACAAACUUUUUCCCACCCUCCCUCUGUGUGGAUGACCCAUCUUUGUCAGGUCGCGGAGACCUUGAGAAUCGGUACGGACAAGGGGCGAGGCAAGGCCACACCAGCGUCGACGACGGGCAACGUGUCAUCACCAAGGAGCAAGAGGAUGGACUGCACAAGUUCAUCAAGGGCGAGCACGAGGCGGGACGUCAGGUCUUCCGCCGUACCGUCAAGGAUUACUUGGAGUGUUCGUACGGGUUAGAGAUGUCAAAUCGUGCCGUGGGAAGGUUGCUGCAGCGCCUUGGCUUCAAGCGCCGUAGGGGUAGGAUCAAAAUACCUCCGUUGAACGAAGAGAGGAAAAACCGCAUCCCCCUGUUUCUUGUUAAGAUGGACCUCGCGAAGAGGGCCGAGGGCGCUGGGGUCGCAGUCAUUGUGUACAUGGAUGAGAGCUUUUUUCACCAGGCGCAUGGUUCCGCGAACUCGUACUUUCUUUCUGACGAUAAGGGGGUUGUGCAGGAUGGGCGUACAGUACAUCGGGGAAAGGCCAAGUUGGCAACUGGAGAUUAUCAUAACGCCAUGACGGAUGGGAUGUUCAUGCAGUGGUUGAAGCACCGACUUACCCCGGCCUUCGAUGCGCAGUUCAAGUACAAGAAGAUGUUUCUCGUUCUCGAUAACGCCUCAUACCACCACUGCUUUGACGAGGAGCUCAAGGUGCCCGAAACCAACAAUAAGAAGUACAACGUCGAACUCUUGCGAAGUACGGUUGCACGUCGUUCAAGGUCAUUACCCAAUGCGAAUCGCAAGAACGGCGUCAGCAAAGAAGGGAUAGCCUCCGUCACUCGGACGCACUUCAACAAGAAAUAUCCACAGAAGCUCGAGGAAAAGGCUGAGACCUGCAUGAGGGAGAAGGGGUGGGGGUUAAGUUGAACACCGCCGUACAUGCCGACUUUCCAGCCGAUCGAGCUGUUCUGGCAGCACGGCAAGCAAUACGUGAGCAUUCAUUUUGAGAAGGGGCGGAACAUGUUGGAUGUCUGGAAGCAAUCCGUCUCGGUUGGUAUGGCGACCCGGAAUGGGACGGUCAGGAGGGGGGGUGGAAGGCAGCCAAUUGUGGAAAAUUGGUGGAACAUGCCAUUGGCAAGAUGAACGAGUGGAUCGGCCUGUAUGGUGGAAACCUGAGCGGUACGAUCGGUAGCCUCGAGUAUCCAGUAGCAGAGUACCGAGAGGCUACGACCGAGGAUGAGAUAGAGGAUGGGGUGGAGGAGCAGACGGAUUAGUGGCUGGGUGUGGACGCGGAAGAUGCCAUUGAGGGCUGAAAAAAAAUGCAAAAAAAAAAA